AUGGCCCAACCUGCGAGAACACAACCAUUCCUUCGCGACGACUCUACUGCUGAAGACGAUCCAGUGUGGAUCAUCGGUCCCUCUCGACCACCCCGGGAUUCUGGUGCCAAUACUCCCACGGCUAACAGCUACAUUAUGCCCACCAUCCCAAACAAUAACCCCACCAACAUGAACAACGGACUGAAACCAAAGAUCACCAAGACCACUGGACAGAAACCGGCUUGCCUGGUCAAUGCAUCAGUCACCUACUGCGGGAACGACCAGAUCUACGCCUUUGGCGGCUUCGACCAAUUCACAGACGAAGUCUACAAUCACGUGCUUCGGCUGAAUCUGAAAACGCUAGACUGGGCGCUAGUGGAUAAUUAUGGGGACAUUCCCGGGGUGCGGAUGGGGCACUCAGCUUCCCUUUACCAAGGCGAUAAACUUCUAGUCUAUGGAGGAGAAAAUGAACACCGGGAAUACCUGUCGGAUGUGGUCAUUCUCAACCUGAAAGACCAUUACUGGACCCAACCAGACGUCCAGGGUCCCGUCCCCAAAGGCAGGGCCAGACACGCGGCAGUCGUGUAUGAGGACAAACUAUUCGUCAUUGGAGGGUUGACCGGAGAGGCCAAUUACAUCCUCGACGAUAUCUGCUACUUGGAUCUGAAGACGUGGACAUGGUCCAAGACAUGGAGCUUUGUGCAAAGAUUCGAUCACUCCGCCUGGAUAUGGGGAGGUCGACUAUGGGUUCUAGGAGGCCUCGGAGCAGAUAUGGAGCGCCCUUCAGAAAUUUGGUGGCUGGAUCUUAAAGGAAGUCCGGCUUUGAAUGGCUCCGGCAGGCAGUACUCUACCAUGGGUCGCGUGUCCUCUACCAGACAUGAUCCCUGGCUGCAUCCCACCCGCGCUGAUCGUGUCGAUACCUACACUGCCAACUCUGGCAGCGUUCACAUUCGGUCUACAAGACGGGAGAAGCCCGUCGCCCCUGGAGCGAUAUCGUCGCUGAAAUUUGUUUCUGGCCCGCAUGUCCCCCUCCAAUCGUCCGGCACACAUUUCCACGUCUGCUCAUCUGGCGCUUUGCUCGACUUUGUCACGCCGUCGUCGACUAUUCGUCACAGUGAAUGCAACUUGUCAUCUCUCGAGCUGGACUCGUUGAGGUGGCAAAGAUUGGUCGAAGGUCCGGAGCUAUUCCAACCAGGCUACAAAUGGCAUUACUGUACAAUCAACGAGGAUGGAACAAAGGUCUGGCUGCUUGGCUCCCCUGGUGACGACUCUACUGGGACCAAUCAAGAGCUGCAACUGAGCGAGGUUUUGGCCGUCGAUCUCAAACGCUAUGGCUUGGUCGGCAACCUUGACUCCUUUGCGUCUGAGCAAAACCGCAUCCUGGCCUCCGAACGGCAGACAACGCAUUCAAUUCCCUCUGGCGGUGUGGGAUCCGGCCUCGGCUCGGACCUGGCCUUGAUAUUUGAUCAGCCCCCAGAAUCCGGCAGCAUGAGCGACUUCAUCAUAACGGCGAAUAACGUCCACCCUUAUGAAGACGACAACAGUUCGGAAGCCGAUUCCCAACUGCGAUUUUCCACCAACUCGACUAGCAGUCAGGUAUUUCUUGCUGAGCAGUCUGCUGUCUCCGCCCCGAUUCAUGUUCACAAGAUGAUACUCCAAGCCCGAUGGCCGCACUUCAAACGUCUCUACGCUUCCAAAAUGGUGGAAUACCAGACUUCUCGGUUACACAUCCCUGAGCCAUACUCGGUUGUACGCGCGUUCCUGUACUACCUAUACACGGACAGCAUUUCCCCCCAUCCCGUGUACUGCCGCGACCUCACGGAUGUCGCUGGCAUGCUCGUGAUGGCCAACCUUUACGACAUGCCAAAGCUCCGCCUUCUGUGCGUCAAUCGUCUUUCGCGCGAGAUUGACAUCGUCCACGCCGCCGUGAUUUGGGAGCGUGCAGGACGGACCGAGGAAGAGUGGCUGAAACAACGCGCGGCCCGCUUCUGCAUGAUGAACUUUGGCCGGAUUGUGCGUACCGAGGGAUUCAGGAGCCUGAGUCGGCAGUCUAUCAUGGAGCUUUGCGAGGUUGUUGGGAUGGAAGGGAGAGUUGUUGAUGGCGAUGAGAUGGACGACGCUGAUGGUGGGAUCAUGCAAGGCGGAAGCCUUGGUGGGCGAUAUAGACGAAGAAGCCAUCGACCCAGUGGAGACGCCGAAGAGACCGAGGGGGAUGACGAUGACGGGAUGGACAUGAACUGA